AUGGCGUCACUGAUCUGCCCUUUCUUACUUAUGAUGUACCUUUCAACUACUAAUUGCGUAGUUGUAGACCAACUUAUCUACCCCCUGAUUGAUACUGAGAUCCUCGACUUCAUUGAUGUCAUUAUCGGGCUCUAUGACAACACCGCUCAGCUAACUCCCGGCUGUGAUACCCAGUAUAAUCACAUACAAGUCAGAGUUCUACCCAUUUAUAUCAGCUAUCCACCUUUUGUUGGGAAACCCUUGCUGCUGUUUGAGUUCGUUGUGGAUCUUAAAGUGGUCCUUCUGCAGAUCAUUUUAGUGACAAAAGACACGUACAGACCGAAUAUCCUCACACUCCUGCCGUUCAACAUCACAUCGAAUCCGGGCAAAUAUCGGCCCGGCAAGUUCUCAGUUGAAGAUUUGGAACAUCUGAAGUUUGCCGAUCUGGAAAAUGACCCGGACUGCAAUAUCAGGUUUGAACGUCUGGCUGAUGGCAGUUAUUCAGGGGUGUGGCCAGACUGCAGAAGCACCAUCUUGGGGUUACACCCGUCCUACACAGUAACACUAACCUGUACCUAUCAAACCAACACCAUACCGCUGUUCUCCAACGAACGUUCAACCAAUUCACCUUACGUUUAUGAGAAGACAAAGUGCGGGGUGCCCAUACCCUAUGCUCCACCAGGGUUUGUGGGUGCCUGUGCAAAGUUACUGCUGCAGUGCCCCGUGCUCGGUUAG